GGCACUCACUAAAGGCCUCGAUUCAUAAAGUCUCGCAUAAAACUAGGCUAACAGGUGGAGCGGUUUUUCAUUGUAUAUAAAGCUUCCCGGUGCUGAUACCCGCUGUUUGUCGGUCGAGAAGCAGCGCUGAGGACGAAGAAAUUUAUAUCUGUUGAUUGCUUUAUAUGCACGUGCAGCGCCUACCCUCUUUGGAAAUCGGACUUACUUUAAAAUGUUGAGAUACCUGAUGGUUACGGCAACGCUGCUGACCAUCGGUCAGCCAGUAUCGUAUUCCAACCCGCGACCAACGCCUCUAAAUCCAAGUUAUUCUGCUGACUGUGCCCUCAUUGUUAUGUCUGAACACAAACGACGAUCAGAUACUUCACUAAAGGAAAUCCGAUAUUUUGCCAAUUUUAUUCCUAGCUUGAAAUCAUCGACAGUAGGAGAUUAUGGAGACAUUUGCAUCACGUAUGAAGACAUAAACCAAGCAACUUACGAGGCUAAAAGUAAAAUAGGUGAAGUGCCAAAGGAAAUCUAUGAAUUAUCUUCAGUUUAUCCAGAGUAUGAACAUAUAGCAGUAUCAGCUGAAAUCAUUCAAGAAACAACUAGAAUACUUUCUCAACGAUUCUCACUUUCACGAGAUACCAUCAUACAUGCCCUGCCACGCAUCGAUACCAGUAAAACGGCCAUCAAAGAAAUAUGUCCUACAUUCCUGAAACCCGUCAAGUGUGAGUUGUCGCGGUACAGAACGCUGACUGGCAUGUGCAACAACCUGGAACAUCCCUCUUGGGGAAGUGCCCGAUCUGCUAUGGUCAGGUACUUACCUCCGGAAUACGCUGAUGCAAUAUCUGAGCCACGAAAAUCAGUCGACGGCAGUGACCUCCCAAGCGCUCGUAUUGUCAGUUUCAUGAUGCAUCACGAUGUGAGUGAACAUCAUUCGCAUAUCAAUAUCCUUUUAGUGUUCUGGGGCCAAAUGGUUGAUCAUGAUAUGACCUUGGCAGCACAAACAGUAGAUCAUGAUAAACAGGACAUUGAAUGCUGCAAAUUCCCACCAGAGCACCAACAUCCCAACUGCAUGAAUAUCCAGGUACCACACGAUGAUCCUUUUUAUAAAUAUUUCAAGCGCCAGUGCUUAGAUUUCGCCCGGAUAUAUCCUGGACCCAAACCAGGAUGCAAAUUAGGACCUCGUUUCCAGAUUAAUACCAUAUCUUCAUACAUUGACGCCAAUUUCGUAUAUGGCAGCAACCAAGAUGUGGCUAGCAGAUUGAGAGAAUUCCAUGGAGGUCGGCUCAAAACUAAUCAGAUGUAUGCAGAGCUUGGACUCAAAGAUUUAUUGCCAAUGAAGAUGGUAGAAAAAGACGUUGGAUGCAUGUCCAGACCUAGAAACGUGUAUUGUUUUGACGCUGGUGAUGAAAGAGUAAAUGAACAACUCAUGUUAACUGUGAUGCAUACAUUAUGGAUGAGAGAACACAACCGAGUAGCUGACACACUGGCUCACAUCAACCCUCACUGGGAUGACGAGACAAUAUAUCAGGAAGCAAGGCAUAUUGUAGCGGCAGAAAUUCAACACAUUACAUACAAUGAAUUUCUUCCUAUGGUAGUGGGACGAGACAUCGUUGCCAAGUACAAGCUCGAACCUUUUAAACAUGGCUAUUAUGAUGGAUACAGUCCGAAAGUUAAUGCAGGAAUACGAGCUGCCUUCCAGUCCGCCGCAUUUAGAUUCGGACACAGCCUUUUGCCAGAUGUCAUAGAAAGAUACAAUAAAUUCCACGAAAAAAUUGAUUCCAUACGAGUUUCAACUGUCCUCCGGCAGCCCUACAAUCUUUAUAAACCAGGAAUAGUGGACUCCUUUAUCCAUGGACUUAUAAAUCAGAAAGCCAAUGCUAUGGACCCUGAAGUUACAACAGAAGUAACUAAUCAUUUGUUUGAGAAGCCAGGGGAUGGAUUUGGUAUGGAUUUAGCAGCCAUGAACGUUCAGCGAGCCAGAGAACAUGGAGUCCCUGGCUACAAUAAAUAUAGAGAAUACUGUGGUAUGCCCAGAUCACGUAACUUUUGGGAUUUGAUAGGUGUUUUACCCAAUAAAACUGUUCAUCGUUAUUCACAGAUAUAUAGACAUGUGGAUGAUAUCGAUUUAUGGAGUGCAGCGAUAUCUGAAUAUCCAUUACCUGGAGCUAUACUCGGACCUACGUUAUCAUGCCUUAUAGCUGAGCAAUUCGCUAACCUCCGAAGAGGCGAUAGGUUUUGGUACGAAAACCCCGGUUGGCCAUCUUCCUUCACUCCAGAGCAAUUAACAGAACUGAGAAAAGUAAAAGUAGGUCGAAUAGUCUGUGAUAAUUCGGAUGAUACUAUUACGGUUCCUUUGAACACAUUUAUGCAAGGAGAUCACGUUCGCAACCCAUUUGUGGAAUGCAACAGCCACCAUUUCCCGCAUAUGGAUCUGACUAAAUGGCAAGAUACUAGCUACGACAAGAAAUAAGUUUGAAUUGUAAUAGUGACAUAAUUCCUAUUCUCGUUACUUCUAUUGUUCAACUCAAGUUUUGUGUUGCGCAUAGUAAGGACAAACACUAAUUGUAUAUAGAUUUAUUUAAUUUCUUCUGGAUGAGAGGUAUUUACACCUCAAGCCAAGACUCUCCAGUGGUAUCUAGAGAAAUAAGCGAAAUUCUGCUGUUUGAAAUGUUGAAACGUCAUCAAAAUGAAUGUGAAUAAACAUGCUUUAGUCCUAUUCAGCUUGAGAAGGAGCAGAUAUAGAUACUAAUUUUAUUACGGUAAUAAUACACUAGUUAUAAUUACUUCCUCCUAAUUCCAUAUAAUGGAGCGACGCAAGAAAAUACUUAGCUGAAAAACUUGUAGCUACAUUUUUAUCGCACUAAAGCUUUUAAACAGGACUUCUGAAAUUUUAUAGACCAUAAAUAAUUGGUAAACGUUUGAAUCAGUUAUCUUUCCAUCCUUCACGAUAAAAUUCACAGAUUAUCAUACUAAAAAAUUUGCAGCACAUGUAAAAGAAAAUUUAAAUAUAAGUAUAUAUUUCGGUUAUUACAAAAUAUUAUAAACAGUAACAGUGUGUGUGUACCACAGCAGUAAUUGAUCUUUGUAAAAAGCAAUGAUGCAGACAAAAGAAAUCGUGCCCAGAAAUUGCCAUAAUGGUAUUACGGAACUCCAUUAUCUGAGUUUUUCUUGUGAUUGAAAUUCCAAGAGAAAUAAUAAUGUGAAAAUAUCUUCUUAUCUAGAAAAGAUAAUCUCAUGAGUCGGAUAUCAGCAGCCCACAACACAGCUGUGCCAUAAUGGCCACCUUUGGGGGUCAGAAGAAAUGCCAUCUAAAAGCUUCGAAGAACAAUAACUUCUUCAGUAAACAAUGUAAUAAAUGAAAUGUACAAAUAAAAAAUUUUCUAUAUAUAAA